AUGAGCAAUCAAUCUCAAACCACCUCUGAAACUCCCGCUGAGAACAUCCUCUGCAAGAUGGGCUGUGGCUUCUUUGGCAAUAACGCUACUGGAGACUGCUGUUCAAAAUGUUGGCGAAGCUUGCAAAAGAACAAGGAUGGCAACCUUGCCGCUCCUGUCUGUGCUCCGGUCGCCGCUCCCCAACCAAUCGCCCCCAUUCCGGAGGAGGAAGAACCCACUCCAAUGGACGUUGACAUUUGUCCGCCCGCAGUUGAAGCACCCGCGGAGGUCAAGCCAGCUCCCGCCGCCACAACACCCAAGAAGAAAAAGAAGAAGGCUAGCUACAAGAACAUGAUGAAGGGGAUGAUGAUGAGCAAUUCACCACAGAAGGACAUUGAACAAGAGAAGGAGUCGUUGCGAAAAGUUACAGGUGGAGGAACUUUCUCCAAGAUUGAAAAGAUCUGA